UCGAGGGCGCACGUAGCGCUCGCUACGCGGCUACGGACUACGAACUUCUACGUACUCGAAUCGUAGCAAUGCCGAACCAAGUGUAAAGUUUCUCCGAAAGUUGAGAUGUGACUUGAAUGAUGUUGUUAGGAAAACUUUUGUCCUACAUACAUUUCGGACUUGUCUUCCAUGUAGUGAUUUGUUUUAAGGAUAGUAUAGAAAUCCCUCGCUUUGAAGAUAGCCUAAACAAUUUGACUGUUUCUUUGGGAAGAGAGGCAGUGUUCACUUGUGUGGUGAAUGACCUCGGCUCCUACAGGGUGGCGUGGCUACGCGUGGACACGCAGACGAUCCUGACGAUAGCGACGCACGUGAUCACGAAGAACCAUAGGAUCGCGGUGAACCACAGCGACCGGCGCGUGUGGUUCCUGCACAUCCACGACGUACGGCAGUCCGACCGCGGCUGGUACAUGUGCCAGCUCAACACCGACCCAAUGAAGAGCCAGACUGCUUACUUGGACGUCGUUGUGCCGCCAGAUAUCCUGGACUAUCCGACGAGUAGCGACCAAGUUGCUCGAGAGGGGGCGAAUGUUACUCUGCGGUGUGCUGCCCACGGGGUGCCCACGCCCAACGUGGUCUGGAGACGAGAGGCCGGUGACGUACUAUUGGCUACCAACUUCAGCGACACGCAAAAUACGUCGGUAAGCGGCUCAGUCCUGCACUUAGUCAAAGUCUCCCGCCUUCAUAUGGGGCCGUACCUGUGCAUCGCCAGUAAUGGAGUGCCACCUUCUGUCAGCAAACGGGUCAUGCUUGUCGUGCACUUUCCGCCGAUAAUGACAAUACAAAACCAGUUGGUUGGAGCGAAGGAGGGCGACACGGUUCAUCUCGAGUGUCACUCCGAAGCGUUUCCAAGGUCCAUUAACUAUUGGACGAUAAAUGAUCAAAUUAUAUCGCAAUCGGACAAAAGGUUCGAGAUAAUAGCAACGGAGCGAGGUUACGAAGUGGACAUGCGAUUGAAGAUCAAGAAGGUCGGCCGGAACACCUUCGGCACUUACAGCUGUAUAUCCAAGAACUCGCUUGGAGACACAGACGGGACUAUAAAGUUGUAUUCUUUAUCUGGAAAGUUUGAAGAGAUGCAAUACAAUGAGGUGGGCGAGUUCGACGAGACGCCAGACGUGAGCGAAUUGGAAGCUCUCAAGCGCAGCGCGUCGCCGCUGUCUGCGCCGGCGCACCUCGCGCUUGCCCUAGCCAUUACCACCCUAGCCGCAUUAUAA